AUGAUGUCUCCAUAUUUUGCCGGUUUCCUCUAUUUAGCCACAGUAAUAACCGGCCUAUUUGGGAAUAUUUGGGUCGUUUGCUCAGUAGCCAGAAGUCGGAAACCAAAAUCACUAAUGUCCAGAAGUUCGCCUUCAGAUCGAUUACGAGCUUAUAUUUCAGUGUUAGCAGUGAUCGAUUUAACAGUUUUGAUGGCUCUUUUAGUCAGAUCUCUUUAUCAUUUUUUACCACAUUUCAUGCUCGAUUCCAACAGUUGUCGAGCAAUGUUUGUACUAGAGAACAGUGUGAAAAUCACUUCGCUUACAGUACUUUCAUGUAUCUCUAUUGAGCGAUACAUUACAAUACGGAAGCCAUUCUGUAGUUCGCCGACAAUUCGUAAAUGCUACACCAAUCGGAGCCUCUAUAUUUGUUGGCCUUGUAAUUGGGCAAUCAUCUGUCAAAUCAAUUCAGUAACAGUAUCAACAGAUGGAAUGAAUUGUGUUCGAUCGUAUCGAGGAAAGGCUCUUCCACGAGUGGCUGCCUAUUUGACAGCUGUGGCUUUUUUAGUGGAUCUCACUCUGAUUUCUUUGAACUAUUCACAAAUUGUACGACAUGUAAGAAGGAAAUUCACAAAGAGGAGAGCUAGAGUGCAAGCUAAUUCAAGAGUCCGCGAAUCUCUAGUGAAUGAACCAAGAUACAUGAGAGAGAUGACAGCUGCAAUUGUUCGUGUUGGAGUGUUCCAUGUUGUAUGUUGGCUACCAAUGUCUCUGAUGCAGUUCAUCCCCGACAAUUCGAUUCAAUCGGAACUAACUGCUGGCAUUCGUUUGUUCAGUAACUUCCGGGACUUCAGUUUUACUCGAUGGUUAAUCUUCAUCGCCACCUGGCUUACCUCUACAAAUGCUGCUGGUGACUGGAUUUUCUACGCGGUUAUGAAUCGAGACCUUCGAAAUCUCAUUAGAUUUGCCACUGAACGGAGAAAACGAUCAACAAUGUCUCAUGCAGCGUCUCCAUCCACAAACCGAAGUCUUCGGCAACAAGUACCUCCAUCCAUGAAAGUUCUUCAUUCAAUCUCCUACCGAAGUUCAAUUGGAGGAUCAAUGGACGAUGCAGCUGGAGCAUCGUUCCUUCAAAGUUCUCCAAAAGAGUCAACAGUUUCACAAGAGCCAAACAGUCCAUAUGGAAUUCGAGCGAAGAUCAGUAUUUUAACGAGAAAAGGAUCGGACACCGAUGGAGAUAUGGUGUGA